AUGUUCUCAUCUCAAUUACCAGAAGACCAUGAAAUCCGCGAUGUAAUAAUCAUUGGUGCAGGACCAUGCGGCCUCGCCGUCGCCGCACGCCUAAGCGAAGAAACACCUUCAGCAGUAUUCACAGACGAAGAACACCAGCGCUACCACUGGAUCAAAAAACACAGCGGACGAAUGAGCUUGGUUCAAGGCCGACACAGCAAGAUCAACGGGGUGCCAGCUGCAAAAUGGGAUAGUGAACGCGGAUGCCCUUGUCAAGAUGACCGACAACGGCGCAGCUCGGCUGACUCCGGAUCUUCUGUUCCAUCGCUGUCAUCCGCGUCAUCAACAUCGUCAAUAUCAUCUAUCUCAACUCUAGUUCUCGAUGGCUCUGGGGAUAAAUGGAUGCAGCGGUGGAACAAUGCGUUCCGCACGCUGGAGAUUAAACAGCUCCGCAGCCCGAUGUUCUUCCAUGUUGAUCCCGGUGAUCGAGAUGGUAUGUUGGCUUAUACGCAGGAGAGUGGGAGAGAUGCAGAUUUAUGGGAGAUUCCCGGGUGUGUUGGGAAGGAGAUGAGCAAGCAUAAGAAGAAGAAGAGAAGGCAGGGCGGGAAGACCCAAACAAUCGGAGCUGAGAUUGACGAACGAGAUCGAAAAGACUAUUUCUCGCCUUCCACAGAUCUCUUUUCGGUCUAUUGUUCGUCGAUUAUCCAGCGGUAUGGCUUGGAUGAGCCCGGUCAAAUCUUGCAGCGCGAGGCCACAGAUCUCUCAUAUGAUUAUCUCUCCGAUAGCUCAGACUCAAAGGUGUUCACUGUUACGACAUCCACAGGAGAGAAGUUUUAUAGUCGGGCUGUUGUCCUGGCCAUUGGUCCUGGCGGAGCAAGUGUAUCGAAAAUUUAUCCGUGGAAGCCCUCGACGGAGCAAGAAGGUGCUGCAGCAUGUUGCCACAGCACGGAGAUCAAAUCGUUUCCCAGUCCCAAUAUUGUCGAUAUGGCGGUUCGCAAGGGCGUAACGAAAGUGUGGUUUUUGAUGCGGUCUGGCAUGAAAGUCAAACACUUCGAUAUCAGUCUGCCCUGGAUGGGGAAGUACAAGAACUGGGAGAAAGCAGCCUUCUGGUCCGCCGACACCGACGAAGAGCGCCUUGAGAUGCUCCAAACCGCCCGGAAUGGUGGCAGCAUUACACCACGCUACACGAAGAUCGUGAAGCAACACGCAGCCCAAAACCGCGCCUCCAUCCACCCAUGCACAGAAAUCAAAACACACGACUACAACCCAGCCACCCAGACUUGGACCCUGACAACCGACCCACCAAUCCCAGAGCUCCCCGCAAUCGACUACAUCUACUUCGCAACCGGAGCGCGGGCGGACGUGCGCGAGAUGCCGCUGCUCCGCGCAAUGAACGAUCAAUACCCGAUCGAGGUCAAGUCGGGUCUACCGUGUUUGACGAACGAUCUGUCGUGGCGGGAUGACGUGCCGUUAUUCAUGACAGGCCGCAUGGCGUCUCUCCGGCUUGGGCCCGGGGCGCCGAAUCUCGAGGGCGCGAGAGUGGGCGCGGAACGCGUUGCAUGGGCCAUGGAGGAGGUGUUACAUAAGGGGACGGAUGUUGGUGGGCAGUGUGAGGGGUUCUGUGGGCUUGGGAAUCGGUAUGCUUCGCUGCUUGGGAAGUGCGAUGAAUGA